UCAGGUGAGAUAAGGUGAUAUUAUCUGUAUCGUUUCGAUUUUACUCAUUGCAGUAACAGGUACAAUUCGAGCACAAGUCUCAAAAUAAUUGCAUUUUCGAAACGUGUGAAAAGUGACCUUAAGGCCAAGAUGACGAGCAUAGAAACAGUUGGUGCUAUUGUGAUAAAGUUGUUGAAGCUGGUCAUCAACAUUAUCGUCCUGGUCCUUUACCGGACAGGAUUUCAAGGAUACUUUUUGGGAGUGGGGGGAACUUGGAAUUUGAACGAAGAAAAGAAUCCUGAUGCUGAGAUUGUAGCAUCAGGCGUUUUCGUUGGAUAUUGUAUCUACACAGUUGUCACUCUCAUUAGCUUGUGUUUUGCCAGCGGAGAUCACAAAAAUACCUUCACUGAUGUUCUGAUGAACAUCAUUGGCGUUAUUAUGUGGGUAGCAGUUGGAGCUACUGCCCUUCACUAUUGGCAUGGUUAUUUGGGUGAACACAAGUACACGCACGUCGAUUCAGAGAGACAGGUCGGUCUUGCUCUUGGUGCCAUGUGUAUCCUCAAUGGAGCAGCCUAUCUUGUGGAUUCAGUGUUAUCAGUAAUAUUCUUGUUGAAAGCCAAGGUUCAAUAGGAAGGACUCUGUCGGAUCUUUCAUUGAACGUUAUUUGAAUAGUAAUUUAUAAGUUCAUAAGUUAAUUUUUUACACAAAAUCUGCAUGACAAAGCAGCAGAAGUAGAAGUUUAGAAAUGUAGCACUACUUUAUCACGGACUGGUCAAAGUUUUGCAAAAACUACCCAUCUAUUUUUCUCGUAUUGAUUGAUUGUGAUUGUGCUCAUACUUCUUGAUGACGAUUUUGUCACCUCACCUUUAUCAAAAUUCGUAAAAUUUGUCCUCGUGUUUCUUCAUCACUUUUGUGCUUGUUUUUUGUCACCAUUGCACAACUCCGUGAAUCAGGUAGUACUGCAGGCUUUGCUAUAAUUUUGUACUUCGUUAUAAUAUGUUUUUCGUAUUAUUCAAUGAAUGAACGAAUGUGCAUUUCAUGUAACUUUUUCUAGUAGAGAGGUUCCUUAAGAAAAUUUGGAUAUGUUAGAAAGAAGAACUCGCAGAAAAUUUUUAAUAAUACUUACCUACAUGUUUUACUCUUAUUACCUAUGUUUUGUUUCAACUCUCGUUUCAAAAUGCUUGUUAGCAUUAUUUAUAAUUAUAGAAUUGUAGUGUAUUGAUUAUGAUAGAAUAAAUCCGAAAAUGAUAGA